AUGGUUAUGGUGAAGAAAUCAACCGGAAAAUGGAGAAUGUGUGUGGAUUACAUCAACCUCCAUAAAGCUUGCCCCAAGGACGCUUACACUUUGCCUAGCAUUGACAAAUUAGUUGACACGACAUGUGCCACAUAUCAAAGGCUCAUGAAUAAGGUUUUCAAGGAGGAGAUUGGAGAAAACAUAAAAGUGUAUGUAGAUGACAUGGUAGUGAAGUACCUCUCUUCUGAUCAACAUGCUCGUGACUUGGCUGAGAUCUUUGCAGAGCUUAGAAAACUCAACAUGAGGUUGAACCCUAAAAGACACUUUUGGGGUUGGGGGUGGUAA